AUGGCACCGAAUAGUGACGCAUACCACCCCCAAGAUGCCCUCAAAGCAGGCAUCAACGGCGCACUGAUUACAGGAACGGCUGGUGCUUUUGCUUCCGCGAUUCAAAAUAGUUUGCACAAGAAGAACAUCGGCAUGAUGGGUGUCUUCACCAGGACAGGAGGCACAGCUUUCGUAUUCACUGCGAUGGGAGGAACAUAUGAAUUCACAAAAUACGCAUCUGCCAAUUUGCGAGAAAAGAACGAUACUUACAAUACCGCAAUUGGAGGAUUCUUGGCAGGAUCAGUUCUAGGAUUAAGAUUCGGAACAACUCCUGCGGUUCUUGGAUUUGGUACUUUGGCGGCGGUUGUACUUAGUGCAUUCGAUUAUACCGGCGGUGCCAUAACGGGAUAUAAGAGAGAUCCAAACGUCGAUGAAUUUGAGCGCAAGGAAUUUUUGAGGAAGAAUCGAAGGAUACCUGUUGAACAGACUGUAGCGGAAUUGGGAGAGGGAAGAGGCAUAUACGGACCAGGUUAUGAUGAGAGAAGAAGGGAGAGAAUCAAGGAAAGAUACGACCUUCAACAGCGUAUUAGCCAGCUUGGGAAUCUCUCCUUAGUUGGAGGAGAAAGACAAGAUGCUACAGAUCACUGCCUUGCCAGUAUUACAAGAUUAUCUAAUGAAGUAGCCGAUGCUACGGAUUACCUUCCAGCAUAUGAUCAGAGAACUUAUUCGCAGGCAAGCAUUUCCUGGAAGAGUCUCUCGGAGAACCUCCAAGAAGUGAAAGCCAAGGCUGCACCAAGAGCUAGAUUCCGAUUUACUUCAAGCAAGAACAGCUCCGCUGUUUCUAUUAAUGAUGCCGCUCAGCUAGCUCAGGAAAGUCUUAGCGCUACUCUAAAGGCUUCUAUGUUGUCUUCUACUGAAUCAUCACUGGCCACAACGCCAGCUAAUGUGAUGACACCACCCGGCGAGGAAAGUGCUAGAGAUACUGUUGGAGAUUUGCCUUCAUUCUCAAAAAAUUACAAUGCCGAAAUGGCCAGUGCCUCUGGUCCAAUUCGAAAGCCGAGUUUCUCCGAAGCAAGCACCAUCAAUAUUACAGGUCACACUGGUCUUCACAUCAUCCUACCUUCCUCAGCAUCCCGUGCAACUUCAUCUGGUGCCAUAACAAAACUUAAUGGGUGCAUUGUUGAUAUGUCAGUCCCAACGGCCAAUGGUGCUCCUUUUGCUGGGCUUUCUUUGAAGAAUAUUAAGCAUUCUUUAGUCAUAGCUGGGCAUGUUGCGGGGGCAGCACAUAUUACUGGCAUCGAGAAUAGUAUAAUCGUCGUCACGUCAAGACAAGUCAGAAUGCAUGAUUGUAAAAAUGUUGACAUAUACCUGCAUUGUGCUAGCCGGCCCAUCAUUGAGGACUGUAGCAAUGUGAGGUUCUCGCCUAUUCCGAAUUCGCAGAACGUUACAGAUGAAUCGAUCAAGAAUCAAUGGGAUCAGGUUGAUGACUUCAAAUGGCUUAAAGCAGAGCAUAGUCCGAACUGGAGCAUCUUACCAGAAGAGGAGAGAUUAGAAGAGGAAAUUUGGACAGAUGUCAUACCAGGAGGACCCGGAGUUGGACUUGAUGAUAUCCUGAAGAAGAUUGGACUUACUGGACGAUAG